AGGCUCAAGGCUCAAGCCAUACCCCUGGAGCGAGCCAUGGGGUACCGAAACGGAGGGCCAUGGGGCUCGGAGCCGGUGAAGAAGCUGGAGCCGGUGAAGGACGAGCAGCGCUUCUCCACCACCUACAGCAAGAACUUCGGGAUAGGGAACUCCCUGUCCUCCAAGUCCAUCGUCAACCCUCCGAAGAAGCUGCUGUUUCCUCAGUCCAAUGUGGGCUCCAGUCUCCGCAGCCCUGUGAUGAGCGUGUCCAUGGGCUUGGGGCCACCUGCGCCUCCCAACACCUUGAACCAGAGUGCCUCGAUGGUCACAGCCAGCGGCACCAUGAACAGGUCCAUUUCCGCGGGCGCCUUGCAGCUGGCUGGCAAGUCCUUGGCUGAGGAGGCGUCUCGAUCCCUUCGCACGGAGACCACGGGCAUGCCUUCGCCCUCGUCCUCGCUGGUGCUGAAGACGUUCCAGACCCGGGACAUGCGCCGGAAGUGUUUGGAGCUCUUAGCGCGGCCGGACCUGAAAAGUCUGGCCACCGACAUAUUCAAGAGGAGCGACGCAGAUGACAGCGGCCAGCUCGAUUUCAACGAGAUCCACCGGGUACUGGAGCAACUUCACGGGGACAUGGACCUGCCCAAGCCCAACCAUGCCAUGGUGGAGUCCUUGCUGAAGCGCUUCGAUACCAACGGCUCGAAGAGCCUCAGCGAGAGCGAGUUCUUCGAGCUCUUGAUCUCGCAGCUGCGGCGCUCUGCCUUCGACCGCGGCUCCGUGCUGGGCCGGGAGUUCUUCCUCACCAAGAACCAGCGGGACAUUUGGGAGGUUUACCGCCGCGAGAAGCAGCUGGGGACUGGCUCGUUCGGCACGGCCUACAAGGCGAAGCAUAUCAAGACAGGGGAGGAGCGUGUGGUGAAGGCGGUGAAGAAAAGCCGAACCGCACUGCCUUUAGAUGAGAUCGAGCAGGAGAUCUUGAUCAUGCGCCAGGUGGAUCACCCCCAUAUCGUGCGCCUCUUCGAGUGGUACGAAGAUGGGAAUCGCAUUUAUUUGGUGCUGGACUACCUAAAGGGAGGCUCGCUCAAGGAUACCAUCGUGCAGUUGAACAAGAAGGAUGAGAGGGGUCUUAAGGAGGCGUGGAUCCGAGACGUGAUCCAGCAGGUGGCCGGCGCGCUGGCGUACUGCCACAGCCUGCGGCUCAUCCACAAAGACAUGAAGGACGAGAACAUCAUGUUGCUGGAGAAGCAGCAGAACUGGGAGAAGCCGCACGCGGUGAUCAUCGACCUGGGCGUGGCGGAGAUGUUUUCGGUGGCCGACCCUGCGGGGCGCUUCAUCGGCGGCACGCCGACGACUAUGGCGCCGGAGGUUUGGCUUGGCAACUUCGGGCCCAAGUGCGACACGUGGUCGCUGGGCUGCAUCCUCUACGAGCUCUGCACCGGGAGCAUGCCCUUCAUGGCCACCACCAUCCACGCCUCCGCCUGGACGAGGCUUCACAAGCGCGGGCCCAGGUGGGAUGACAUGAAGACCUGCGCUGACAGCAAGGUGCUGUGCAAGGCCAUGCUGCAGUACCACGAGGCGGACCGGCCCUCCAUGCAGCAGGUCCUGGAGUUCCCCUAUUUCCAGACGGCGGCCCACGAGCUGAAGUUCGUGCCCCCGCAGAGUUACGCCGGCUUCCUGAGUGUGCACAAGAUGCACCGGGCGCGGCAAGGCUUGCUCCUAGAGAUCGCCUCCAGGUUGCCCAUCUCGCGGGCCGGGGAAAUUAUGCGCAUGUUCGCAGAGGUGGACCAAGAUCGCACUGGCACCAUCACCCUUGAUGAGCUCACGUCCUACUUCGACAAAAUAGGCGUUCAGCACUUGGACCUGGCGAAGACCUUCAAGGCACUGGACGUGGACAAGGACGGCACCCUCUCCUUCAGCGAGUUCACCUCCGGUGCGCUGCUGCUCUAUCAAGAUUCGCUGGAAGAUGAGCUGCACGUCCUCUUCUCCGGCUGCGACAAGGACAACGACGGCAUUCUGAACGGGGACGAGGCGGAAGAGUUCCUCCAGAGCGUGCGUGCAGCUACCGACCUGGGGAGCAAAUCCUCGAGAGAGAUUGAGGGGUUCCUGCGGAGCGGACAGGUGACCUUCCAGCAGCUCAAGGAUUUCCUUGUGGCUCCAAUCGGGUCGCGGCCCUCUUCCACAUCUUCGCGCCGGUCCCACCGCUCGCAGCACUCCCAGGGCUCCAGAUAGGCCAAAAACAAGAAUGAGCAGUGCCCAAGAACCCGUCUUGUGUUGGCCGUUUGGGCCAGCAGUUCAUUGCCGCACUUGACUCGUUGUCCUUCGGGUUUCCAUUGUUUUCUUUUGUGGCCA